GCACACAGAGCUUUCACAUUGAAAGCUUUACAAGGGCUGGGAUGUGAUAGACAUCUUUUUGGCUUAAAAAUGAUGGCAAAGGAAAUGGAUAUGGUUACACCUCGGAUAUUUUCUGAUGCAGCAUUUGUGAAAAGUACACAUUGGAGAUUAUCGACAAGCCAGGUUUCUACAAAGUCCGAUUGUUUUAUGAUCUACGGACCCGCAGUAAAAAAUGGGUAUGGAUGUUGUUACAACCUCAGGGCAAUCAAUAUGAAUUUUGGAAUAACUUCAUAUAGUAGCUAUCCUAACACUGUACCCGAAAAAUUUCGAGUGGCACUCGAAGAAUCAUUAAAUGAAAUGUAUGACAUCUGUUGCAAAUUUGCUAAGAAACAUCCACCAAAAAAAGAAGAACCUAAAAACCAGAACCAAAAAAGCCUGAACCUAAGAAGCCUGAACCCAAGGCUUGCGAAUCCAAAAAAAGUGAACCAAGUGAUUCGAAAAAGAGUGAAACUAAAAAAUGUGAAUCCAAAGACACAAAAAAAGAAGAAAAAAAAUAAUACCCUUUAA